GAGAGAGGGAGACUGUCGGGGAGCCAUGGUUACACGCGUCAUGCCAGGCACCCUCCGGGCAGCUCUCUCCACGAUCAGGCAUUGUGGCGUCCUCGUAAGGCUGACGGUAGACUGGUAGCCCCCAGCCCGUCAAGCACAGUGAGCCUUCUACAGAGGUGAAAUAGAUCUGGGUUAAUGAAAGCCUGCCAUGGUGAACUCCCAGUGAACCGGAGUGUUAGAAGAGAGAGGGAGAGUAUAUUCAGGAGGAAAGUAGAGGACGGAGGUAAAGAUGGAUGCAUAGCAACAGGAGGGGGAGUGGGGUAGAACUGAUGCCUUCAGGAGUGCAAGUCUUUCAAAUCUCUCUCACUCGCUCCUCUCUCUCCAUCUGUCUCUCAAUUCAAUUAUAUUUCAAUUUAAGGGCUUUAUUGGCAUGGGAAACGUGUGUUAACAUUGCCAAAGCAAGUGAAGUAGAUAAUAAACAAAAGUGAAAUAAACAAUAAAUAUUAACAGUAAACAUUACACUCAGAAGUUUCAAAAGAAUAAAGACAUUUCAAAUGUCAUAUUAUGUAUAUAUACAGUGUUGUAACAAUGUGCAAAUAGUUAAAGUACAAAUGGGAAAAUAAAUAAACAUAAAUAUGGGUUGUAUUUACAAUGGUGUUUGUUCUUCACUGGUUGCCCUUUUCUUGUGGCAACAGGUCACAAAUCUUGCAGCUGUGAUGGCACACUGUGGUUUUUCACCCAGUAGAUAAGGGAGUUUAUCAAAAUUGGGUUUGUUUUCGAAUUCUUUGUGGAUCGCUGUAAUCUGAGGGAAAUAUGUGUCUCUAAUAUGGUCAUACAUUUGGCAGGAGGUUAGUCUCUCUCUCUCUCUCUCUCUCUCACUCACUCUCUCACUGUAUGUUCCCUGGAGCUUCACAACAUCAACUGACGGUAAAAAGAACACAGCAAUUUGUUCCAUGUUGCGACUGUUUUCUUUAUGUUAUUGGAGAUUAUUUUCCCCCACUGAAUUAUCGGAACAGAAGGUUAAAUUCAUUAAUUAACUGGGUUCAUUAAGGUCAGUCUAAAAAGCUCCAAUAUCUUAUUUUUGUAAGUGAACUGCUUGCUGAGAACAAAAUACCAUUUCUUUAUUUUGUUGGUGUGAAGUGUGAGCUUGAGGUUAUUCUUUUAUUUUCAUAUCAACAAACAGACUUUGUUUUUCAUCAGUCAGACGGAGGAUAUUCGGGAUAUACGUAGGCUACACCAAACCACUUGUUUUAUUGUUGAAGCACAGAUGAAGCACUUUGAAGUCGUAAAGGAGCAAGGGCCUUUGUUUUGUUCCAGCUCAUCAUACAGAAAUAUUGAAUGAUGGUUGAGCCCAGAAAACAGUUGCACUCCUUUGUAGAGAGUAGAGACAUACCGAGGUGUGAGCUGAUGACUAGAAUUCCUGUAAGUGUCCAUUCCAGAGAAAAACAAUACAACGAAAAAGUUUUCAAUUCACUGCACAAGAAAAAAAACAAAGUCAAUGUUGUUCUUUAAGAAGGGUUUGAGACGUUACAAGUUAAUUUGGUUUGCUCGUUGAAUAAUUCAGCAGUAGUUAGUGGUAAAUCCAAUUUGCACUUAAACUAGUGGAUGUUUGUGCAUAUAGUUAAGCAAAUUACGGACUGAAAUAGCUUGACCUUUAUUGUUAUUCAUGUGUUUCCUAGACACAAUUAUCCUGGCUCGCUGCAAGGCGUCCACUGAGACCUUGAAUACACAACAGUUCAAACAUCUGUGUAUUUAAACCAAGCUCACAAUGAUGGAUGGAUGCUGUAUCUUUAUAUGAAAAACAAUGCACUGAAAAUGUGUAUAGCAUCUUGGCUAAAGAACAAGAAGGAUGUGGGCUAAAAUGAGUCACAUCAACAACUACAUGACUCCGUAUGGGGAUUUAGGCCAAUGUCUCAUGUAAUGUUCAACAAUGCAACACUAAUCAGAGGAUUCAUAAUGUUUCUAGUUGUUUCUGUUGGAUCACCAGAGGAAGGUGUAAUAAUGGCAUACUGUACACUGGGGGUGCUAUUGUAAAUGGUGUUGAUACAGUAUGUCAUAUUCUGUAUAGAAACGACUCAAAAUAGCUCUUUUACACCUGAAAGCUUUCCAUUGGCUCAUAAUGCUGACUCCUCUUCAGAGGAGGGUAGAACACUGUAAAUGUGGAAGAGGUGUCCUGGAAUAAGGCCCCAAGAUACUGCCAUGGUGUUCAAUGCUGGAAAUCAAAGAGUUGCUAAGCUGAAAAACAAAGUACUGCUUUUCGACUGUAACACCAGAGUUACACUAGUGUAUGUUAUACUAGGGACAUUGUGUUUCCAUAGCUAGGCCUGACAGUGAGGACUUGUAAAGAGCAGAAUCAGCAACCUCUUCAUAAUCAAAAAAGGUGUUCAACAUCGUUCACAGUUAGCCAUUGUUAUGUAUUACUGAACAAAAAUAUAAACGCAACAUGUAAAGUGUUGGUCCCGUGUUUCAUGAGCUUAAAUAAAAGAUCCCAGAAAUUUUCCAUAUGCACAACAAAUGUAUUUUUCUCAAAUGUUGUGCACAAAUUUGUUUACAUCCCUGUUAGUGAGCAUUUCUCCUUUGCCAAGAUAAUCCAUCCACCUGACAGGUGUGGCAUAUGAAGAAGCUGAUUAAACAGCAUGAUCAUUACACAGGUGCACCUUGUGCUGGGGACAAGAAAAGGUCACACAACACAAUGCCACAGAUGUCUCAAGUUUUGAGGGAGCGUGCAAUUGGCAUGUUGACUGCAGGAAUAUCCACCAGAGCUGUUGCCAAAGAAUUUAAUGUUUAUUUCUCUACCAUAAGCCACCUCCAAUGUCAUUUUAGAGAAUUUGGCAAUACGUCCAACCGGUCUCACAACCGCAGACCACGUGUAACCCAGGACCUCCACAUCUGGCUUCUUCACCUGCAGGAUCGUCUGAGACCAGCCACCCGGACAGCUGAUGAAACUGAGGAGUAUUUCUGUCUGUAAUAAAGCCCUUUUGUGUGGAAAAACUCACCCCACAGGCUCGCAAGUGGGUGGGCCCCUGCCCAGUCGUGAAAUCCAUAGAUUAGGACCUAAUGAAUUUAUUUCAAUUGACUGAUUUCCUUAUAUGAACUGUAACUCAGUGAAAUUGUUGCAUGUUGAAUUAUAUUUUUGUUCAACAUAUAAAUGAUGGCGAAAAGCCCCAGCGGUCUUGGCCCCAAGUCAGGGCAGGUCCACUGAGGCCAUGGCCCAGUGAGUACCAGGAGCCAGGCCGUGGAGCUGGAAACACAAAAGUCUGAGGCUUUUUGGGAAAACACUGGGGGAAAUCCUCAUUGGAAAUUCACCUACAGUACCAAGAGUCUUAGCUCCACUCUCUACUCCGUUCCAAACUCCACUCUCUACUCCGUUCCAAACUCCACUCUCUACUCUGUUCCAAACUCCACUCUCUUCAGUUUAAUUACUCAGUAUCAUGUGUUACCUGCAUGAGAGGAAUUUUCAAGGGCUAGUAGCGCCACACCACAGUGUGGUAUGAGUAUUUUGUACUUUGUACCGAUGCACCACUGUUUGCUGAUGCUAACUGUCGUAGGGACCAGAUGUUUGAGCAGCCUUAAGGGCAGUAAGUAGCAGGAGGCAGUAGAAUCAGGUGCAGAAUUAUGUCCAGUUUAUUAACAGUGAAAGGUGGUUUUAGGUGGAUGAAGAAAUCCAAUGAAUAUCUACAUAAUCUACGAAGGUAUUUGCAAAAAAACUAUCUAAAAAAACAGGUUUGAAUAGAAAUCAAAACUCUUAGACUACCAGACUUGGUAAUUGGUAGGCUAUGACAUGGAUUGAACAUGCAAGAGACUUGGAGAAAUGUAGCAGCAAAUUCAAAAGUACUGAGAAAAUACACUCAUGGUUUUUGUCCGUUUUUCUCUCUCUUUCAGGUGUACCAGUACAUGCAUGAAACAAUCACAGUCAAUGGCUGUCCGGAGUACCAGGCACGGGCUACAGCGAAGGUGAGCAACAUACUCUAAUCUCAGACUGGCUUAGCUGUAUUGACCAAACUUGAGGCUGAAAUAUACAAUGUAGCCUAGAUACAUAAAUAGCCAUCAUGUCUCCUUCAGAUGAUCAAAGACUUGAGCAGGUUUGGUGUACAAUGAAUUACCCAUUAGCACACCUUGGAUGUAAACACUUGAGAAGUUCUACCAAUGAGUCCCUCCGCUACCACUCGUUCAUAUUCCUUCGGAGGAGAGCUUAUUUUGUGGAGGAGAAUAAAGAAAUCAGACAUCUAACAGUGAAAGGGGGACACGAAAAGAGGGAAUCAAGAGGGAGGGUGAGAUGAGAGAGAGAGGAGUGCAUCUCAGUCCUCUCUCCCAGUGUUACCAAUACAUCAGAGAGGGAGAGAAGAAGAGAUGGGGCAACAUAGGGAGGUGUGCAGACUGACUGAUACAAUUGGCUGCUCCUUCCAGAGACUGCUGCCCCCAUCUUCUGGGCACACAGAGGAGUAGGACACAGAUAGAUCGACAACACUGGGCAAGCAGGAUGAAUACAUAACUAGGCCCGGUGUGGAAUACAAUUCCAAAGGGCUCUUUUUUGUCAUCUCUUCAAUCGCAAAUUCUCUGCAAAACAGUUUGCAAUGCAGAGUAUUGCUAUAACCUCGACUAUGGUUCAGUCCCUUUCUAAAGGAGUAGUAAACGGGGUAACCUUUUUUACAACUUUAAUCAGACUGUGGAUUGUGUUGUGAAUUUCCACCUUGGAUGAAAGGUAUGCAAGGACAUAGCUUAGGCCUAUUGAAGGACACCAGUGUAUCUGAUGUUGAUAGAAUAUCAAAAUACUCUUUCUAGCCUGCUCAGAUCAAAUGUUUUUGAGGUUGAUGGUAUGCUGUUACAGCAGCGUGUCCUUUUCAUUUCCCUUCAAAUAUCCAUCAUUUGUGGAAUAUUCAAGGUCCCGAUUCAACAUUAUAAAGGACAUAUUCAUAAACAAACCAUUUUAUUUUCAAAGCUUAUUCAAACGGCUGUUUUGAAAGAGAGAAUGUAGACAGGUCUAAUCAAACGACUUUACAAUUCAUAAAAGAGGCCUUGGGGCUUGUACUUCACAGUGUUAAAGCAAGGCAAUCGGCAUCUUUUAUACAGAUUGUCCAUAUGACACUGUUUACACAAGAAAGCAAUGACAACAGCAUGAAGUGCCUUUCAGCUUUGUCCUUGUGCAUCACCAAUGUUUUCAAAAGCAUAUUAAAUACAGCCACCAGCGGAGCAGCAAUUAACAUAGCACAAACUCAGUUCGCUGGCUUCCGCGCCCAUGGGAGCGAUUUCAAUCGAUGACAUCGAAACGAGAUGGUGCGCUGCUUUUGAAAGUGCCGCCCUCCUGAGAGUUUCCGUUUAGCUGAGCCAGUGCUCGUUUCAUCAGCCUUGUCUCCAAGUACAUCUCAAGUACAUUGCUGACCAAACUCCUGAAGGGCAGCACUUCACAUGAAUCACUUUAAUAAGUAGGAAAUUGGAAGCCUAAAAAACGUGUUAUAGUCCUAUUGAAAAGCAGGGAUCCCUUGAUACACCAGCAAUCUUGAGGCGAAACGGGGUAGAUGUUAUUUUAGAUGCCUUUGCUGCACUGUUGCUGGUGAGCGUUUACCAAUUAAAAUGUUUUCCACCUGAGAACAUGAGCACUUGAUUAGGUUUAUUACCCAGUUAAUUUAAUAAAUUCCAGACUGUAAUUCCUGGCCUGAGGUUUUAAUAUUUUAUCUUCCAGAGAUGGGAGACCACUUAGGCUAUGGUGCUCCAGAGUAAAGACUGAGCUGAACUGAUGGCUGAUGAUGAUAAAAUGUUUGUAGAAAUUAAGUAAUUUCCAUUCGGUACUGUGACAUUACUUGGGCAAUUUCCCAGUAAGCUGUAAUUUUAGUUUGGUUCGCCCCAGACGCUUUUUGCUUUUUGAGGAGGCCAUGGCCACCUGUUUCUUCCUCCCAGGAAGGGAGAUAAACUUGUGAAGGUGGAUGUGCCGUGAGCCAGAGAGGUGGUGGUGGCAUACUGAGCACAGUGCCUCUUUACCUCACAGUGGGGGAGAGAGACGGAUAGAGAGAUCGAAAGAGAGGGGAGGGGGGGGGCAGAAAGUGAUUCCGGAAGAGUGGAGGAUCUCAAAGCUUUGGGCUUUUGCCUGCUGGGGAAAACUUUGGAUCCACAUCCGCCAAGCUUUGAAACAGAGGCCUUUUUCCCCUGCAGUUUCCUGAGAAAGUAUUGCUUAAUAAUAAUAAUGAGGCAGACUUGACAGACCGGCACCUGCGGCGCCUUUGUCUCUCCGAACAUCUGCUGUUCCUUUUCCAGGCUGAGCUAACAAGCUCCCGCACACUUGUAUUCAGACGACAAGGCGAGAAAAGAUUCGUCUAGAACUUGAAAGCCAUCCCAAGGCCAGUGGAAUUUAGUGAAGCAGGCUCACAGAGAUUUAGUUAGUGGGGGUGAAGGUUAUCUCGCUUCUUCUUCUCCAGCUGCAACAGAUAUGUGCUAAAUCCAUGUUCUUACAGAGCCAGAAAACUUCUCACAUGGCUAUACAAUACAUCACCACUUUAUUAUUCUCAGCCCUACUGAACGUCUCUAAGCCCCGUUUAGAGAGAGAAGUCAGAAGGUCCCACUCACAGAGUGAAUUUAAGUCUGUACACUUUGUUUCUCCAUUGCUCUUGGGGAUGGGAAAGUUUAUUUGGCUGUUGGGAAAUCCAAUCCCAGUCCAUGCACUUAGUAUCGUCAUUAUCUAAUCUCUUUGUGUGGUUGACAGAAUAGGGUGGAAUAGGGCAUGGAGUUAGUGCUGAAAACACCAAUAAUGGUCUGAUCUUUAUCCUCUCUCCUGUCUCUCUCUGCAGGCCACAGUUGCAGCCUUUGCGGCCAGCGAGGGUCACUCUCACCCCCGGGUGGUGGAGCUGCCCAAGACGGAGGAGGGGCUGGGCUUCAACGUGAUGGGCGGCAAGGAGCAGAACUCUCCCAUCUACAUCUCCCGCAUCAUCCCAGGGGGCUUGGCUGAGAGGCACGGGGGCCUGAAGCGAGGGGACCAGCUCCUGUCUGUCAAUGGCGUGGUAUGUAUAGAUUAUUUACGAUUAACACUAAUUAACACUGACCACGUGACCCGACCAGAAAAAACUCUGUACCCUAUUUAUGAUAUUCGGUGAAUUUGCGUCUUCUAUAUUACGAGUCCCAAUCCCAGUUGUAUGCUGAUGUUGUUUGGGUCCCAUCAUUUUAGCCAAUUCAAUUUUUGUGAAAAAAAUAUUUCAAGGCAUACAUUUUCUCUUGUCACGCUUUACAUUUUUCCUGACAACCCACAUCCGAGCAGGGAAGCAUUCUGUCUAAACCUUGAGUCAAACUGUCACAAUAUGGAGUGGUUCAAACAGUGAUUGAUUGGUUUUCUGAAGCCUAAAUACAAAUAUAGUGAGCGCUGAGAAUAAUAAAGUGAUUUCUGUGCCAUUCAGAAUUGUAAUGUGAAGGUAUAUAUUACUGUGGGCUUGAGGAGGAAGUACUAAUUAUACCAAACAUGUUGAACUAAGUAGAAAUACCCAUUUGGAAACUUAAGCUGCUGCUGCGUAACUGUGUCGUUGUCAGUGGCGGCUCCUGAAAAAAUUCUCAGGAGGGGCAAUUUUUCUGAUGAUUUAGGUGACCUACACACAUUUUAAAAAAAGAUAUGUCCAGCAACAACAUGAAGACAGGGGCAGCAUAUAAGUCAAUACCAGAAGCAUUUAUUGACUGAUCUCAAAAGUGUUGGCUUACCAGGGUUGGUGGAGCCCUCAGUUUCAUCUUUGCCUCGCAAAGCUAACUCAAACACUCCGCAAAACUUCACACACUGGAUUAGCCGGCUGAGGAUGUGGCGGUUCUUGCUAAUGUCGUAGUAAAUAUAUUUGUUAUAGUGAAUAUGGAAUAUGAUAUGUUGAGUAAAAUGUUGUGCUAAGAUCUAUUUAGGUCAGGAGCUGGUUAUAAGUUCUGUUCCUAUCCAAUAACAAUGGACAAAAGGGUCCUAUCUUGUCAGCCUUGUCAGCAGGUGGCCAAGGACAACACCCACGCCAUAGGCCUCUCAGUUCUUCCAACUCACGAGUUCUUGCUCUGAGGACACACACACACACAAACACACACACACACACAUCAUCACUGUUAAACACACACACACACACACACAUCAUCACUGUUAAACACACACACACACACACACACAAAAAUCCCCUCUCUUAGGCUGAACAUUUGAAGACAGAGAACCCGACUCAGAGCCAAUGCAACAGUGACAGUAGCCUGGAGGUGACCUCGCCCAACUCAUCAGGACCAAUCAGAAGAUCAGAACUACUAGAUUGAACCUACUUCAUUUAUUGCAUAAAAUGUCUGCACACAAUGUUUCGGGGCUCUCUUCAGAUAAUAAUAAUAAUAAUAAUAAUAAUAUGCCAUUUAGCAGACGCUUUUAUCCAAAGCGACUUACAGUCAUGCGUGCAUACAUUUUUGUGUAUGGGUGGUCCCGGGGAUCGAACCCACUACCUUGGCGUUACAAGCACCAUGCUCUACCAGCUGAGCUACAGAAAGUGGAUACUCAUGGAUGCGCAUUGCAAUUGUAAAAUGUCAACACAAUUGGAGACACCACGUCAUUUUUGGAGACAUGUUAUUGACAGUAAACUAUUGUAGAUGCGACUGCUAACUAAAUAAAACAUUUUAGCUGGCUAGCUAAUCAUUUUAGCUAAAUGUGGGGCAAACAAUUCAGUUAUUUACCGUUAAUUUGAGGGAUUGGGGUGAAAGAAAUCGAGUUACAUAGUGAUACUUUACGAUAUACUGUAUUGACAAUAUCGCAAUAUUUUAGCGCUAGUUGGCUGUACCUGCACCAAAACACCAUUAUUGUUCCUUCAUAGCUUGUUCUCAAUCUUUUCACAUUGGGAGCCAAUUAGUUUUCAGCACUUUUAUUUCCAUGACUGAUCAAAACUCGUUCUCAUGGCUUUCUGAUCCCUCUGCAACAGACAUAUGGUGCGCAAUAAAAUCACAGUAUCGAAUCGCAAUACGUAUAGAAUCAUGAGACUCGCAAUGCUGAUGCAUAUAUCUUAUCGUGAGGUUCCUGGCAAUUCCCAGGCCAAGUUCAUUUGCCACAACAAAUCUCUUCGCUAGCAAACGCGAUGUCUUCUCCAAAACGACAAUGUGUCUCCAGCAAUGUUUACUUUUUUGACGUUCUAUGGCAUCUCCACUUUCCAAGCAUAUAUGACCACAUGUAAUAUUUUGGUAAGUGAUGCAAAUAGUGAACUAUGUAGGGCCAGGAUGUAAAAUAUAUGUAGCUGCAGCAAUUUCUCUUAUCUGAUAUGGUAAGUAAUGGUGCUUAAUUUAUAGCUCCCUAAGAGUUUGACGAACGGGUCCGUGAACGCGAUUCCAGAUAUAUUUACCUCUGAAUAAACUGCCUUUAUUACACCAUAUCCACAUCCAGUAAACUUGUGAUUAUCAACACUAACCUCAUCGUUGUGGCGGCGGACAGCUAGCCUGUAUCCCUCGUCAUCCAGUUGAGUGAGUGGCAAUGUCUUUUUUCGUUCGUACCAAUUUUUGGAAAAUCCUCGGGUGUAGGACUUUCCGCCUUUAGUAGAAACCUGUUGAAUUAUUAAAUUUGGUCUGGGAGGUCCUAAUUGUUUCGUUGCCAAUUUAUCUUAAUUUGUUCGCCGACAAAAAGGAACUUCUUUCAAAGACACAAUCGAGUUGGACUGAAGCCUAGCCAUUUUGAUAGUAGUAGUGAAUUGAUUGAGGCUGCUACCUGGUCUUUUCUUAGUUACGUUCAUUCGUGGUUACGUUAUGUAUGACGAAAGCGCGUAAGUGCAAGCCCACAGACACCCAUAGAGAAUGUAUUGAAAGCUUUGAAAUGUGAAAAAAAUAGAUUUUACAUGACAGGCUAUGAGAGACUUCUGGGCGAUUUUCAACCUGACUGAAAUCGCCCAAAAAACGGGCGGGGCCAUUUGAAGCACGACUUUAGCCUGAUUUGACAUUUAGUGGCUGUCAGAUCAGACGUGAACACUGAUAACUGCUGUUGCCGUGAUAUAAUUUUUUAUAAAUUUAUAAAAAAAAAAAAAAAAAAAAUUUUUUUUUAUAAUUGAUUAGAAAAAAAAUCCCUUCCUUUUCCCGUUUGGCAGUGCGUCGCCCAUAUCGCCCUAUUGAACAAGCCGUCCCUGGUCGUUGUUGCUUAAAAAUAUUGCCUAAAUGUAUCUUUUAACGACUAAAGCAGCGGGCAACAACAGAAGCUAAUACAAAGCAACAGUUUUUUAGAAGCAGCCAAUGUCACCAUGAGCAAAGUGUUCCAUACUUCACAGGGCUUAGCGGUUUGGCCUUUCAACGUAAUUCCUUGCUGAAUCAUAUUCCAUAACUGUCAAUUUACGCAAUCAAAUGAAAACCAAUUUCCAUGGUAAUGUCAGGAUGUGUUCGGACUUAAGUGCCUUCUUCAGACAAACACUAGUCAAACGUGCUUCAUAAAGGAUUCAUUUGAUUUCCGUGGCAUUCAGAAUUGUAAUGUGAAGUUAUAUAUUACUGUGGGCUUGAGGAGGAAGUACUAAUUAUACCAAACAUGUUGAACUAAGUAGAAAUACCCAUUUGGAAACUUAAGCUGCUGCUGCGUAACUGUGUCGUUGUUGCUUAAAAAUAUUGCCUAAAUGUAUAUUUUAAUGACUAAAGCAGCGGGCAACAACAGAAGCUAAUACAAAGCAACAGUUUUUUAGAAGCAGCCAAUGUCACCAUGAGCAAAGUGUUCCAUACUUCACAGGGCUUAGCGGUUUGGCCUUUCAACGUAAUUCCUUGCUGAAUCAUAUUCCAUAACUGUCAAUUUACGCAAUCAAAUGAAAACCAAUUUCCAUGGUAAUGUCAGGAUGUGUUCGGACUUAAGUGCCUUCUUCAGACAAACACUAGUCAAACGUGCGCUUCUAGAAGCUUCAUAAAGGAUUCAUUUGAUUUCCGUGGCAUUCAGAAUUGUAAUGUGAAGUUAUAUAUUACUGUGGGCUUGAGGAGGAAGUACUAAUUAUACCAAACAUGUUGAACUAGGUAGAAAUACCUUUGACUUCCAGGUCAAACCUAAUUGGUUGUAACCAUUUAGAAACUGAAGCUGCUGCUGCGUAACUGUGUAGUUGUUGCUUGCAUGAAAGUCUCCGCAAAGUUUAUUUGAUUCUCUGUCCAUGCCAAUUAAGGAACUGAGGCAGACUUCAGAGACCGUAUCGCUAUAACCAGUGGCGAUUUUAAAUCUUGGUGGGGCAAAAAAAAAAGAACUUGUUUAUGCAUGCAAGCAAAGCCACAACACAACACUAAACGGUGACAAAUGGUGCCCACAAACUGUUUGGGCCUACAUAAAGCUGUCCCAACAGCAGUCCCAAAACCUUACCACUGCUACACCUGGCUAUCAGCGGAGCCUUGUCUGGCAGCUAAACUGUUCAUUCAGCCUCAUUUACUGCCUUUAAAAAAAACAUAGCUGAUAUGGCUGACUUGCUUAAACAAAUGUGGUUUCUACUGACAAUUGAGAUGUACAAACUAUGGCAUAAGGGGACGCCGAGCGGAUAAGAGGCAAUCCUUAAUUUCGAUUAAGACAUUAAUGAGCGACCUAGGACGGACAUAGUCAAUAUAACUAUUUGUUCAGCACUUUUUAAAUGUACAGCGACAGAAUUCAGAACAUGGGCCGUUCUUACAGUAUUCUCCCAGUACACCAAGUCCGAACUGUAGGAUAAAUAAAGGGGGCAUAUAAGCAGACAAUGAAAGCUCUUACAAUAUUCGAUGAUGACAUUUCUCUAAAACAGGCUAUAGGCUAAAUGUGCACCACCAAGUCAGAACAGUAGGCUAAAUUAUGAAGGGAAAAGGGACCAAAUUAUUAGAGUGAGCCACAUGGGCUAGUAUUACUUUCUUAGCUAGAGUAUACAUAUCUCCCUGGCAUAUUACAUAAUUUAUGCAGCAGCAUACAAUACAUUUUUGGACUCACCUUGUUGUGCUGUGCUCACUUGAACAGGAAGGAGGCGCGGCAGUCCUUCAUGGACAAAUUCUGUCAUCAAAGUCUGGCAUGCUCUGGAUUUAUGGUGCUUUCAAGACAACUGGGAACUCAGAAAAAAACAAGGUUGAAUCAUGACGUCAGUGAUCUUCAGGUCGGAGCUCUAGAAAGUGGCCCGUGUUCCCGACUUGGAAUUCCGAGUUGGAUGACCGGUCAAAACGUAUUUUCCCAGUCGGAGCUUGUUUUUUUCCUAGGUCCCUGUUGUCUUGAACUCACUGAAGUCUGCGAUUUCCCAGUUCCGAGUUUGCAGUUGUUUUGAAUGCGGCAGAAGUCAUGCUGGAUUGAUAGCAUGGCCAAUGUUGAAUGUUUAUCCUUUUAAGCUUGGAAAAGAGACCCUUAACCCAGACUUGGACCACACACCCACUCCACUGAAUAGCAGGCUAGUGAUUGCUUUGCAAUGCUUGUAGUUAGCUACUGAUUCCGUCCAAACCACUCAUUGUUGAAUUUGCAAUUUCCAACUUGUUGUGUAAUGUUUAUGUCCAAUGGCCGAUGAGCACCUAUACGUUUGAUCUAUAAUUUCUCUUCAUAAUUUCUCUUCAUAUGACAAGGGUUGAAAAGGAUUUGUCAGUAGAUUGUUGACUUGAUUCAUGAUGAUGACUGCUAGCUUGCUAGCUAAGAUUUUGAAAGUAUGAUGUUGACAUGUUCAGUCCAAUCAAAGCUACUUUAAAUAUAACGUGAUUUGACGUCAUUUUAUCUGUGGCCAAUGACCUUGAGCAUUCUUGGAUGGGCACUUCUAAUGUAACUCUAUGGCAGCACCCAAGGGGCUUGAAUUUUCGAGCUCUCCCUGUAGAUUUUGCAGUAACGUAUUGUCCCCAUGAGUGACAGAACACUGAGCCAAUCACGGCGCAACUAGAGAACAUUACCAACCCCUAAGCUCCGUAUUUUCUGCUGGCUGCCCCACCACUACAGAAAGCACUGAGUUAGGCUGAAACACCUGCAUUUUGGAGCUUCCUUACUCAAGAAAGCAAAAAAGAGACAAUGUUUGUAUGCGGCUUUAUUAACUCAAUGAUGCAAACUGAUAUGUGGAACGUAUUAAUGCCAAAAUAACCCGCAAAACAGUAAAUAAUUCCUGAAUGGCGGGUCGCCACUGCUCCAUUCAGAAUAUUAAUAAGUAGCAGCCUGCCUACCUGUUGGCUCUUGGUCGUUGUAGCCUACCCUGCUCCUUUAACUUUUAAUUCCUGAAUGACGGGUCGCCGCUGACUACAACACUAAAACAUUGCCACCACAUUUCUUAAAUGUAUUUUUUAGCUAAACAGGUGGGGCUCAAAUGUGCUGAGUCUCUUCUCUCAUUCUUUUCGCUGUAUUUCCCCAGAGUGUGGAGGGGGAGCACCACGAGAAGGCGGUGGAGCUCCUGAAGGCAGCCAAGGACAGUGUAAAGCUGGUGGUGCGUUACACGCCCAAGGUCCUGGAGGAGAUGGAGGCGCGCUUCGAGAAGCUCCGCACGGCCCGCCGCCGCCAGCAGCAGCAGCUCCUCAUGCAGGCUCAGCAGCAGCAGAACCUCACCACCCAGCAGAACCAUAUGUCGUAGGUGAGGCUUUUCAUUGCUUUAAAGGGUCGGGCACCGUAGCCUGGUGCCAGAUCUAUUUGUACUGUCUUGCCAACUCCUAUUGGCAUUGUCACACCAAAAAAGACUGUAGGAGUUGGCAAGACAGCACAAACAGAUCUGGAACCAGGCUAGGGGGUCACCGAGGAGAAGUAGUUGGACCACAUGGAUGAAGAUAAUGGCUGGUACAGUAAGCGGACCGGUCCACUAAACUGGCCAUAUAUUCACCGAACUAUGAUUUCCCUUAGAUCUAUACUGUUUUAAGAAUCUGACAGGGAUUUAACAUUUACAUUUCAGUCAUUAAGCAGACGCACUUAUCCAGAGCGACUUGAGUGCAUACAUUUUCAUACUUGUCCCCCGUGAAAAUCAAACCCACAACCAUGGCAUUGCAAGCGCCAUGCUCUACCAACUGAGCCACACGGGACUCUUUAGCACCUCAAAGGUUUUUGGGGAAUAGGGUGUACUGAAGGAGUCUGACAGUGUCUGGAGAUACACAUUGCACCUUUGAAAGAGCAACAGCCUUUAAAAAUCAACAAAUCCCUUUGAAAACGGCCCAUGUGGCAUCGAUAUGUGUCAGAAGCAGUUAUUCUAGUGUCCAAAUUGACUACAAAGUGUUUGGAACAAUUGUGCGUCACAACGGGUAAAUUAAGGUUGGGUUUUGAUUUGAGGAAGUACAUUUGCCCACUAACAUGGGGUGAACAGCUGCGGUGAUUGCUCUCUACCCAAUAGCAUACAGUGACACAGACCUGCCCAGCAGCCUAACUUUGUUGACAUAAGACAACACGUUACGCAUUUUUUUAACUUGAGAAAUACUGCAACAAACACCUUAGUCAGAUGUAAAAUUGCUUAACUAAAACAUCCUCUGCAAAAAACGUCAAAAUUAAUUACAGAUUUCUUGAGUUAUCUUCGAUUCAUUCUGUGGAUUUUGAGGAAGUGAAAUAGGCUUCCUACAGUGUCUCAUGGGGGACAAACAUCAUCAACCAAAUGUGGAAUCGGUCAGGAAACAAACCAAGUUUUUCUAAUGAGCAACAGAAAAACAGAAGUGCCAAUCAGCGUGUUCACUGGUUCUUUAAAACCCACUUAACUUCUUUAUACCCAGAGAGAGUGCCAGAUAGGCUCCUGCCAGAGAGGCUCCUACUACACAAUGAUACCAGGCCUUGUCCUUUGAGUAAAAGAUACAGAGGAUUACAUCAAGCAUUUCAAUUUUUCAUUGAACAUAUGCUUGCUUAAACAUAUGAGCGCUUAAUCUAUUUCAGGGUGUUUGUUAACUAAGCAGUUGCAAUUCCCUGUACAGUCAUAACCGUCUAUGUUGUGUCAGUAAUUCAGCUGCGUGGCUUGUGAAUUAUUUUAGAUAUGGCUGUGCAAAUAAGAGCUCAAGCUCAUGGGAUGCUACAUGUUUUAUAACAUAUACCACGGAGCAAACUUUACUUGACUGCAUCAGUGCAAAGUUGAGGCAGACUAAUAGAAUACAAAUUUACCCCGUCAUUGCUUAGAUUGCUGGAGUUUCAUAGACAACUAUGAAAAUAGGUAGUAGUAAUACUAAGCCUGUCUGGGCCUCAGAUGAAGCUAUAACUCCAUGCUGUGGAUCAUUCAGCUGAGCACUCUUUAAAGUGUACCCUUGACAUACCUCCAGGGGGCACAUCUCAAAGGACUUAACACCACCCGCAGGCUAAGGGAUCCUCAGUGGCACUGAUUGUUUGAUACUAACUCUCCUCGUGUAGCCCUCGUUUAGCUCGGGGAGGUAUGUGAGAGCUUGUAGACUUGUGCAGUAGAGGCAUGGAGAGGGGACUGAGCAUGGAUCAUGUUUUAUCAACCCUGGCAUGCUGACUACAGGGCUUUGCCACAGUGGCCAAGAGGCCGGUGGCCAAGCAAGUGACAUGAGCGGCGGACAGGCUGCUAGGUAG